GUGAAACUGAGAUUUGUAACUCAAAAGGCAACAGGUCAGGCCGGGAGCAGGCGAAGAUACUUGGAGGGGCAGCCCACGCCUCGCCCCGUCGGAGAUCGGCGGGAGCCGCACGCCCCUGGGGCAAAGGAGAGGACUCGGCGGGGGUGGGCAAUUGACGACCCAACUUUCCAAGUUUGGGGGCUGCUUGUCUCGGCGCAACAUGAAGGCCUGGCUGGCGCUGCUGCUGGCUUGGAUAUGGUGUCACAUCACUGGAGGGGAAGGGGACUCCGUCCAGGGCGGGAUCUGUUGGCUGCAGCAGGGCAAGGAAGCAAAAUGCACCAUGAUCCUAAAGGCCGACGUGACCUGGGAGGAAUGCUGCGGCAAUAGCAACGUUGACGUCGCUUGGUCCAACUACACCCAGCCAGGGAACAAGAUCAGCCUCUUGGGGUUCCUUGGGCUGGUGCCGUGCCACCCUUGCAAAGAGACCUGUGAGGGGGUGGAGUGCGGCCCUGGCAAAGUCUGCAAGAUGAAACAUGGCCGUCCCCACUGCGCCUGCGCCCCGGAUUGCUCCAGCCUGCCCAGGAAGCUGCAAGUGUGCGGCUCGGAUGGCUACACCUACCGCGACGAGUGCGAGCUGCUGACGGCUAAGUGCAGAGACCACCCCGACCUGGAAGUGAUGUACCAGGGCAAAUGCAAAAAGUCCUGCUCCAGCGUGGUGUGCCCCGGGACCCACACCUGCGUUGUGGACCAGACGGGCAGUGCCCACUGUGUGAUGUGCAGGACGGCCCCCUGCCCUGAUCCCUCCACCCUGGACCACACUCUCUGCGGCAACAACAACGUCACCUACCCAUCUGCCUGCCAUCUACGGCGGGCAACCUGCUUCUUGGGCAGAUCUAUCGGAGUCCGGCACUACGGAAGCUGCUUAGCUGUGGCCAAGUUUCCCCUCGAUGUGGGCGAUGCCGAAGAAAACUAUGUGUGAAACACUCCUCCUUUGCCAAGAGGCCGAACCCAGGAGACGGGCAUUAUGUAUAUAUUGUACAAACCAUAUACCUGAUAUUUAUUAAGAUGAAAAAUUCUUAUUUAUAUCUGUUUAUGUUAUGCAGACGCAUAGGGCCCGAUUCUCAUUACUCCGUUCCUGCGUCUGGGGCACGGGAGGGAGAUUAGGGUGGCUUUAAACCACCUUUCUGCUCCUCAUAGUCCUGGGUGGUUCAGAGCCUGAUGUAAGUUAGAGCAGCCUCUGGGCUGCUCUAACUUAUGCUCUGCUCCCCAUGGGAGGCAGUGACUAGCCAUAGCACAGGGCACUCCAACCAUGUCUUCAGUCUGUCCUCUGGGCUGUGAGCAGGACUAUUGUACAAUCUUUACAGCAGCUCUACACUGACUGGGGAGGCCCCCAUGUGCAGGAGGAUUCUCUGGGG